AUGCCACCGGGCCGGCUGCAGCAGUGGCUGUCGCCCCGCCCGGCGCAGCGCACGACCACGGCCCACGACGCCUCCGUCGCCGCGCCCGAGGACGCGAUCCUGUAUGACUUCGUCAAGAACCGCGCCGGCCUCAGUGCCGUGCGCGAGACGCAUUAUCUGAGCAACAAGGGCGUCCGCGAGGGCAAGUCCGGCCCGCCGCUGCACAUUCAUUUGCGGCAGGACGAGCACUUUGAGGUGCGGCAGGGUGUCCUAGGAGUUGUGGUGGAUGGGAAGAAACACGUUGUUUCAAAGGACGACGGGCGCAUCUCUGUACCCUCUGGAGCGAGACACACGUUCUGGGCACACGCAUCCUCAACCGAGGACCUCGUCUUCACCGUCUGGGUGGAGCCGCAGGGGCUCGACCACGGCUUCGACGAGUCGUUCAUGCGCAACUUCACGGGAUACCUGAGGGACUGCGAGAGGCAGAAAGUCGCGCCGUCGAUCUUCCAGAUCCUGCUGUUCCUGUACCACAGCGACAUCGUGCUGACGCCCCCAUUCUGGUUGCCGGUCUGGUUUUUGGUUCUGCUGCAUCACUUCUUCGCUUGUUGGGUGGGGGCGGGACUUCUUGGAUACCAGGCGAGUUACCCCGAAUAUAGCCUGCUCAACGAGGGUAAAAAGUCGACAUGA